UGGCCGUUUACGGUCCGCCCUUGCCACCUGAUGCGCUCACAGCACCCGGGCACGUUGUCUAUGUCGGGAGCGAUCAUCGCAGAUCCCUUGGCCGGCUAGCUGGCCCACUGGACCAGGAUCCAAUCGCCUUGGAAACCAGCCUAUAUGCAUAAGAUUUAUUCCUCCUUCAUACAUGCCCAUGAUAAUCGUCGCAAAGUAUUUCCAACCAAUAACGAUGACAAUGUCUCGCACCAUCGGCACCACCACCACCACCCUCCCCACCACUCAAAUCCCGCCACCCCUCCAUCCUAUUUUUACAUUGCGACCAACACGAGAAUGCUUCAUUGCUUUUUCUAUUAUGAAUGGUCGAUGAAUUCAACUGCGGCAUCCGUUUCCUUUGACUGUCCUUCCUUGAUGCUCUGUUGAUUUGCUGGCUCAUACUUCAGGUCUAUGUUGUUAUUGGCACCUCCAUGCGCC